AGACACACACACACACACACACACACAAAUGCAUAUAAUCUUAUUCUGAACAACCAAACACACAGAGUGCAAUGGACAGCGUGUUCAUGAAACAAAAAAAGUUUAUCUACCAUUACAAAAAUUUACGUUGGGCCCGAGGUCGCCAUGAAACAUAUUUGUGUUACAUUGUUAAACGACGGAACAGCCCAACAUCUGACUCAUUUGAUUUUGGAUUUCUGAGGAAUCGAUCAGGAUGCCAUGUUGAGGUCCUUUUCCUAAAGUACAUGAGUGCCUGGCAGAUUUACCCAGGACGCAGUUACUCAGUUACCUGGUUUUGUUCCUGGUCACCAUGUUAUGACUGUGCUCAGCACCUUGCAGACUUCCUCAUUCAGUUUCCUAAUCUGCGGUUGCGCAUUUUUGCUGCACGAUUAUACUUCUGUGAAGAAAAUAAUUCUGAACCUGAGGGACUGCGAAGACUCCGGGCUGCAGGGGCACACAUUGGAGUAAUGACUUUCAAGGACUAUUUUUAUUGUUGGCACACCUUUGUUGCUAGUCGGGAUCGAAAGUUUAAACCUUGGGAAGGUUUAAAUGAGAACUCUAUUCGACUUUCAAGAAAACUAAAACGCAUCCUUCAGCCAUGUGAUGAAGUGGAAGAUCUAAGAGAUGCCUUCAAGCUACUUGGACUCUAAAAGGAGCUUAGACAUUUUAAACAUUUUUACACAAAUUUAUACUCUUUCUUUAGCUCCUAGACAAAGGAACAGCUUUCAUGAACAGACUUUUAACCAAGUUUAUAAUUGAACUUUAAUAACAUAUUCAUAACAGCUGCUAUCCAUCCAUCCAUUUUCCAAUUUUUAGUCAUUUAAGAUUGACAGUGUUAUAUUAUGUGACUCAGUCUUUCUGUCUUGUCUUUUGAGAUUUACAUCUUAUAUUAUCCAAAAAUGUGACUUUCCUUCCGCAGUCGGUUAAUCAUUUAUUUCAUUUUGGCUUUUGACUCCAAGUACGAUCACGUUGGGUAUAGAAAACCAAGUGAAAACAUAAUAUAAAGCAGGACAAAACAGUCCACGUCAGUAUUACAGUGUUUGCUAAACAGAUUCAACACUUUUUAUCACAAGUAGUCUUUCAGUUUGCAUUGUAUUUAUUUGUGCUCGUUUCACUUUAUUAUUUGAUGUGCAUUAACCUCUCUUGUACUAUGACAGCAAAUUCCUUUGCAAUGAUGCACGCUGUAAGUUGAAAUUCUAGCAUUAGUAGCUGUUAGAUUUAUAUUGCACUCAUACAUUAUGCCAAACUACACUGAAAAUAUGGUGCUGGUCAAAUUAAAUAAUUAAAAAAUAAAUAAAUGUACACAAUACUGGUAUAUUUUUAAUAAAAUGAAAUGUGCAAUAUUUUUCUUCUUUGGAAAUUCUUUUUUUUCCAAUACAAUUAGCUUAUGAACUAAAUUGCCAUAUCAUAAUACAUAAAAUUGAACAACCCAG